GUUACUUUCUCGGAGCCCCAACCGUAGCUACGGAAGUAACCGAGGGAGUUCAGCACCUUUUUUAAUCCAGUGAGCGCGAGCUAACGCAGAAAUGCAGGUUCCCUCCUGCUCGGCUGUUCUCUUCAUGACUCUUGCGCACGAAUCACCGAGGAGUUGUUUGAUCCUGCUUGAAAUUUGACAUUGCACCUAUGACUGAACCUUAAAAAAAUGGACCCGGAGGAGUUCGAGGACAUAGAUUCACAGGGACAGUGGCAAAAUCUGUAUAAUGAAAUCCGUAACCAGUCUCAAGAAUGUUCUUACAAAGUGGCAAAAUUCCCAGAAAAUCGGAACAGGAACAGAUACAGAGACGUCAGCCCAUAUGAUCACAGCCGGGUGAGAUUAGAAAAUUUAGAAAAUGACUACAUAAAUGCAAGCUUGAUAACCAUGGAGGAAGCUCAGAGAAACUACAUACUGACGCAGGGACCAUUAACUAAUACUCGUAGUCACUUUUGGUUAAUGAUCUGGGAGAAGCAGUCGAAGGCAGUCAUCAUGCUCAACAGAGUCAUAGAGAAAGGCUCAGAGAAGUGUGCUCAGUACUGGCCCUCGGGUGAAGAGAAACAAAUGUAUUUCAGUGCUGAGGGGUUUGUGGUGACUUUAGUGUCUGAAGACGUUGAACCCUAUUACACAACAAGAGUGCUUGAGCUUCAAAACAUCAAAACAGGAGAGAGAAGAGACAUCUACCACUUUCAUUUCACCACUUGGCCUGACUUUGGUGUGCCAGAGUCCCCUGCAUCUUUCCUCAACUUUUUGUUCAAGGUUCGUGAGUCUGGAUCACUGGAGCCUGAGCAUGGCCCGGUUGUGGUCCAUUGCAGUGCUGGGAUUGGCCGAUCAGGGACAUUCUGCUUGGUCGACACCUGCUUGGUCCUGAUGGAUAAGAGAAAAGAUGCUUCAUCUGUAGAUGUACAGAAAGUCUUGUUGGGCAUGAGAGAGUAUCGCAUGGGCCUCAUUCAAACCCCAAACCAGCUUCGCUUCUCUUACAUGGCCAUAAUGGAGGGAGCCAAGUACGUCUUGGGGGACUCUAUUUUAAAGCAGCAAUGGCAAAGGAUGUCUAAAGAUGACAUGGAGCAACAGGCUGAGCUGGAUCCAUCUCUGCAGGACACUGCAAGACACCCAGAUGAACUGACUGGACUGAUUUCAAAGCUAAUAGGAGAAAAAGAUCAAAUAGUGUCAGUAACGGAAGCACAGCAAACAGAUUUAAAACCAGACAGCUUGCGAAAGCGACAUCGUGAGGAGCGGAUAGCCAGCACAGCACAGAAGGUCCAGCAGAUGAAGCAAAAACUGAGUGAAGCAGAGAAGAAGAGAGAGAAUUGGCAUUACUGGAGGCCCAUUCUCUAUAAUGUAGGAGCUGGAGCAGCUCUGGCACUGGGACUGUUCAUGUGCUGGGCUUUUCUCUCUCAGUGACCCCUCUGUAAUCAUAUACACUUUUUUCACUCAGACUUUUUGGUUCACUGUGAGAGGCUUGAUUUCCAUUUUUUCUUGUAAACAGAGGCUGUUCAGUAGGACAUUCUGCAUUAUUUCUGAUAUUUAUAAUUUUUUCAUUUGCAUAAAAGCCUUUGAGCUUGCCUCUAAAUAAUUUUAGUGUUUAGCGGCACUGUACUCUUCGACACUAUUAUGUAAUAUAUUAUCUUCAGAAAGACAUUGUUUUACAAAGACAACUCUGAACUUUGGACUCAUUUGGGCAUUAUUCACCAGUAUACAAAAUCUCUGUUAGCUGGACAUGUUUUUGUACGUUGUUAUUAAAUGGAACAUAAAAUACACCACCACAUGUAACAGAUGGAUCAUGUCCGAACAGUGAUGUACAUAUUAAAGACUUUUGCUGAAGAAAGAA